CCUUGCAACAGCUUCGUCUGAACUUGAGAACCUGCGCUCCUCGUACCAAGAGUUGGAGACGAAACUAAAGGAGGCGGAUCUUAAAAGGGAGCAGGCCGAAAAGCAGCUGGCGGAGAAAAACUCCGAGCAUAUCAGGGAAAAGGGCGAGCUGGAACUGAAAAAGAAUGCUGAUAGCGAGACCAUCAGGAGGCAGCAAAAAGAGCUCAAUGGACUCCGGAAAUAUAUGGAGACGGCGGAGAAACACUGGGACUUGCUCAAUGAGAACAUCUUGGAGCCGCUUGGGUACCCGGAACAGCGCCGGAAUUUGUUCCCACGGGACGACCUUCUGCAACUCGCGGGCGAUGACUGCAAAGAUCUCAUCUCCGCCUCCCGCAAGAUAUGCUAUAACUUGAACAUCAAGAGGAGCCGCACUUGCGACGUGCGCAAGCUUAUUGGUAAGAUGGAUGUUCUGCCGGAGCUGGUGACAGAUCUGCAAGCAUCUUCAGCCCGAGGCGCAGCUGCAAUGGCCUUGACCAUGUGCCUAGCACAUACUCCGGGUCUUGAACUUGAUGAAGUGACCACGGGCGUUCCUCCGGAUGCGGAUAUCGGCGCGCUGCUUGAUGCAUUGUAG